AUGACAGACUCCUUCGAAAUAAGAACUGGUGUUCAUCAAGGCUGUGUGCUUUCUUUUACAAUAUUCAACUAUGCGAUAGAUUGGAUAAUGGACACUGCUUGUCGGCAGUCAAAAGGUGUCCAAAUCAGUCCAGAGCAUCAUCAGACUUUGAACACGUGUGCUGAGAAUAAAUUACUUGGAUCAGUAUUCACUUCUGAAAUGGAAAAUCUCGUUGCAGGCGAAGUUGAAGAGUCUUUUCUUCAACUUCCUUCAUUAAAAGAAUUGUGGCAGCUGAAUUUUUUGCUUCGAAGCGAUUUUAUACGCGUUUAUUUAGACUGUUUUUUUGAGGCAUCAUUAUGGAGAACAUUGGUUCUGAAUUUUAAAGCAUUAUUUUUGUGCUUUGAAACUUAUAAACUUUCAAAAAGAUUUUAUUUUGCUUCUCAAUAUAUAUCACUCAAUUCGCUAAAAACGAAAAAAGCUAAAAAGUCUUUUUUGCCUUUGUCUCGAAAAGAUUUGGUCAAAAUAUAUUUGGAACUCGCAUAUGAAAGGUUAAGCUUAGAAAACGAAUCGAAAACAAGCGAUAUUUUAGUCGUAUUGAAUGAAGUUAUCAGAAUUUUAUAUUCACCUGACACAGAUUCUUAUGAUAAAAUUGGUGAUGGAAUACUGCAUGAUAAUAGCGUUUCUGAUAAUUUCGAGAAUUUUGAGCCAAAAAUAUCAUUUCUCGAUAAAGGCGAGCGUCAACUUGUUGAUGAGGAUUGUCGUGAUAUUUAUGUGUCACGAGCCUUGAUGUCUGAAUUGAAAGUCACAUUAAUGGCUAAAGAAUUGGAAAGGCAGCAAAGGGAGGCUAUAGCAAUAGUUCAUCAGCAAGGUUUCGGGCAGAAUAAAUUUUCUGGCGAUUUCGACGUUAAACUGCUUGGUGAUAAUGAUGAUAUGAAACCAUUGACACACGUCCAAUCAGUUUUUAAAUCGGAUAGCGCUGAAAAACUUCCGGAAAAUAUGGGAGAUAUGGAUCUUAAUUCCAAUAAAUAUGUUAUGAAAUUUUCAGGAAAUUCUCAAAAUUUGUCUUUUAAAGACGAAUUAAAUAGUGUUGUUUUGAAUCGUAGAAUAUUACCAUCUCAGUAUUUUUGUGAUUCCGAUUCGGAUUUUCAUAAAUCAAGUGGAAAUUAA